GACUCCGGGUUUGGGUGCGAUUGUGUGUAAAUGUUUCUGCGUGCAGCCACGUUCUUUAUCGGUAGCUCUAAACCAAAAAGAAAUACAGAGCAGACGUCAUCGGCCGAUUUUCUGCUGAUCGGCCGCUUUAGCAGUUCUUUCAUUAAUUAGAAACCUCCGAGGUACAGGGACUGGAACUGAUCUGGCAAGUUGCUUCCUCCCCACAGAGGAGUUUGCGCAUCUGCUUGGAAGGUUGUUCUCUCGGUAGUACCAUCUUUUCAUCACUGUGGAUGGGCUGAAUCUCUUAUCCUGACUUAUUCAACCCCAGCAACAUAAAUAAGGUUUUGUUGGUGGUUUGGGUUUGGUUUUCUUUAUUUCUUUUCCAUUUUAUAUCUGCUGAGCAGCAUGUUAGGAAGGGCUGGUAGACUGAUGUUUAACCCAACAGGAACUAGAAAGCUUGGAGAUACAAUUCGCUGAGCGUCUCCAGCACAGAACAAAACGAUACUGCUUCCAUUAUUUGGGAAUAAGCUGAAGUUGCUUAUAGAUUUGAACUGCACUUUCUCGUUUCUCAUGGUAGUUAAUGUCCUUUAUAUCCCAGGAAAAGAAAGCAUAGUAUUUUGUAAACAGCUUUCCCUGAUGCGAUACAUUGUGCUGAUGAAGUGUUUGGACAUGAGGGUUUGAUUUAGCGAUUAGGCAGAAGGCAAAGGCAGCACGGUGAUGGGUGAGUUAUUGUCGGGCUGUGUGGAUGGGCUGGGGGUGCUGGGUCAGACAUGGGGGGCUCACCAGGAGCUUGGAGCAGUUCUGAUGGAGGAUCAGGUGUAAGCGCCAAGUAUCGCGCUGCUUACGUGUUUGUCUACAUGGUGUUCUUGGAAGAGGGGAACGUGCCUUAUCGAUCCAACAAGCCGGCAUGUGCAGUACUUGAAGGAAUCUUGUGACUGCCUUCCUUUGUCCUGCUGGUUGUGAAGGGAAGGAGCUGGCGUUUCUGUGUCACAUACGGAAUUCUCUUUUUUAACACUUAAGGAUGUGAAACUUGGAGAGGUUCUUACAACAGUAUCGAGCUUUGGGUUUUGCUGGUAGCUGAGCAGCUGGAAUUGCAGCAGAUGCAGUGCUGGGGAGCACAUUGUGCCACGAGAGUCCUCAGCCCCCUGUCCCCGGGGCAGGACACCGGCUUGCCAGUAAUUCAUGAAGGUUUCCAGUCCAGCCUUGCUCCUAUCUUCCUACUGCUACUGAAAGCAUGACUUUCAUUAGUUACACUAAAUUCUUCUUCUUACUGAUGGCAAUAAAACAGUGAAUCGGGCACAAAGGUGGCGGAGAAGCCCAGGAGUGAUGCAGCGAGUAUCGAUGGGCUCCGACCGGCAGCUGCUGCGCUCAGGGGGUGAAUCCACCGGCGCUGAACACCCCGUGGGGUGCUGGUGUCUGCCCAGAGCGGGUGCUGCCGAACGGCUGCAGCGGGUCCUGCAGCACCGGAGCGUUUCCUAGAGCGCUACACACACAAAGGAGGCGGACGUUCCUCUGCGAGGACAGCCCGACCUCAAGGGCAAGCUGCUCUUCUGUGGUUUAUUUGUCCAGAUCCACUGAAUUUGUCACCAACGAGCGGUUUGCUGGGACUUCCUUGAACAGCAGAGACCAAUUGUGGGGUGGCGUGAUUUGAAGGACGCGUGACACGACGCCGGUGACACACGCAGUGACACCGAGGGUUCAGCCCAGGUGAAUCAAGAUGACGACAGCCGCGCCGCCCAUCAAUAACACUCAGUUUUCAGUAAAUGUGACCGCAAAAUCUCAAGCGCAAAGUCUCUAUCAAAGUUCUGGAGCAAUAGUUGCUGCCAUCGUAGUAGGAGUGAUUAUUAUAUUUACAGUGGUUCUGCUCAUAUUGAAAACGUAUAACAGACGCAUGAGAGUGAAGCGAGAGCUGGAACCCAAAGCCACCAAACCAGCGAUGCCACCCGCGUUAGGGCAGAACAGCACUAGCACGUCUCAGCACCCCGUAGUGACUUUCAUCCCAGUCGACAUCCACAUGCAGAGCAGGUAACUGGGAACACUGGUCCUCUCUGGGAAAGAAAAGAGAUGAAAUUCUUCUUCACACAGACCCAGGACUCCUCAGCAAAGCGACGCUGCGUUUGGAACAGCAACAAGCUGGUGUUUUGUCUAUAGAUUGUGAUUUAUCUUCUUUGGGAUGAAAAAUAAAAGGUCUGGAUACUUUUCAUAUGGUUGAAAUCAGCUGGUGGAGGCACAGGAAUCAUCAGAAAUGCUGUGAGCGUCUUACGGAGCUCUGGGUACGGAGAGACCGAGUCAGCCAAGCCCGUUCGUUGGAAGAAAGGGUGCAGACUCCUAUUUCAUGGAGCUUUUGCUUACUCAGAGAGUUGGAGCUUUUCCUGUUCAGCAGUGAUGGAUGAUACAUGGGAAGAAAAAUUUGGACACACAAGCUACAACUCAGGGUGAACGCGGGUUUGUCACCAUUUAUGUGAAACAGGUGUGUAAUUUUAUACAUGAUGGAUAGUGCAGGAAGUAUCAACAUUGUAUUUAUCUUUACUCAUCUUUUGUGUUUCUAAUGCCACACGUGUAUGGUUUUAGAUGAAAGUUGCUUUUUAUUUCCAAGUAUUUUUACAAUAUUUCUAUAAAUUGGGUAACCUGUCUGUUUCCAAAUGAA